AUGGAGCCGGGAGGUCGUCCGAGCCCGAGCCCGAGCCCGAGCCCGAGCCCGCGCCCCGACCCGCCGCCCCCGCCGCCGCCGCCGCCGCCCCCGCCCGUCCUGCUGCUCCUCGGCCUGCUGGUGCUGGGGCCCGCCCGCCCCGGGGCCGCCGAGGACGUUGUCCUGCUAGAUUCCAAGGACUCCCAGGCUGAGCUGGACUGGACCGCAUUCCCAUCUAAUGGGUGGGAGGAGAUCAGCGGCGUGGACGAGCACCUGCGCCCCAUCCGCACAUACCAGGUGUGCAACGUGCUGGAGCCCAACCAGAACAACUGGCUGCAGACGGGCUGGAUCGGACGACGGCGAGGCCAGCGCAUCUUCAUCGAGCUCAAGUUCACCCUGCGCGACUGCAACAGCAUCCCGGGCGUGGCGGGCACCUGCAAGGAGACCUUCAACCUGUACUACGCCGAGGCGGAGGCGGACCUGGGGCCCGGCCUGCGGGAGGGCCGCCACCGCAAGGUGGACACCAUCGCGGCCGACGAGAGCUUCACGCAGGGUGACCUGGGCGAGCGCAAGAUGAAGCUCAACACCGAGGUCAGGGAGAUCGGGCCCCUGACCCGCGGCGGCUUCCACCUGGGCUUCCAGGACGUGGGCGCCUGCGUGGCCCUGGUCUCCGUCCGGGUCUACUACAAGCGCUGCCCGGCCACCGUGCGGAACCUGGCCGCCUUCCCGGACACCGUGGCCGAGGCCGCCUACGCCACGCUGGUGGAAGUCCUGGGGACCUGCGUGGCCCACGCCCAGGGCGACCCGGACAGCCCUCCCCGCAUGCACUGCAGCGCCGAGGGAGAGUGGCUCGUGCCCGUGGGGAGGUGCGGCUGCAGGGCCGGCUUCCAGGAGCAGGAGGACGUCUGCGAAGCCUGCCCCUCUGGGUUUUACAAGUUCUCCCCGCGUUGGCCUCUCUGCUCCCCCUGCCCGGAGCACAGCUUCACCCCGACCAACGCCUCCACCCUCUGCACCUGCCAGGAGGGCUACACCCGCUCAGCUGUGGACCCCCCAACGGCCGCCUGCACCCGACCCCCCUCUGCCCCCCGGGACCUGAGCUACCGGCUGAAGCAGACGUCGCUGCUGCUGCACUGGAGCCCCCCGGCCGACUCGGGGGGUCGCUCGGACGUGACCUACACCCUGCUGUGCCGCCGCUGCCCGCGGGGGUCGGGCCCGGGGUCAGGGGGCGGGGGAGGCCGCUGUGAGCCCUGCGGGCCCGGGGUGGGCUUCGUGCCGCAGCAGACGGGGCUGGUGGAGCAGACGGCCACCCUGCUCAACCUGCUGCCCAGGACCACCUACACCGUCCGCGUGGCCGCCCUCAACGGCGUCUCCGGGCCCCGGGCCGCGGACCAGCGCUACGCGGAGGUCACCGUGUCCACGGGGCUGGCCGCCCCCACCCCGGAGCCCGAGAUUCGGCCAGACAGGAUCGAGCAGACGAGGAUCUCGUUGUCCUGGCAGGAGCCGACGCCCGCCGGCCACAACGCCACCGAGUACGAGGUCAACUUCUACGAGAAGGUGGGGCCCCGAGGGGCCGGAGCCCCUUCGACGGUGAGGACGGCCACUCCAGCCGUGACGGUCACCCAACUGAAGCCGGGGACGCCUGUACAUCUUCCAGGUCGCUCCCCGCUCGCCCGGGGGCCCGGGGACUUCAGCCCCAGCAUCGAGGUGGAGACCCUGGGCGAAGCGGCCAUGAUGUCCAGUGAGCAGAAUCCUAUCGUGGUCAUCGUGGCCGUGGCUAUUGCUGUCCUGAUCGUGCUGGUCUCCGUGGUGAUUGGGGUAAUGGUCUGGAGAAGGCAAUGUGGCUACAGCAAGGCCAGCCAGGACGGGGACGAAGAACUGUAUUUCCACUUUAAGAUCCCGACCCGGCGCACCUACGUCGACCCCGAAAGCUGCGAGGACCCCCUUCAGGCCGUGCACCUGUUCGCCAAGGAACUGGACAAUUCGAGCAUCAAAAUCGAGAGGGUCAUCGGGACAGGAGAGUUCGGCCAGCUCUGCCGGGGCUGCCUGAGGCUGCCCAGCAAGCGGGAGCUCCCCGUGGCCGUCCAGACCCUGCGGGCCAGCUGUUCGGACAAGCAGAAGCGCGACUUCCUGGCGGAGGCCAGCGUCCUGGGCCAGUUUGACCACUCCAACAUCGUCCGUCUGGAAGGAGUCAUCACCCGAGGUAGCACUCUGAUGACAGUCACCGAGUUCAUGGGGAACGGGGCCUUGGACUCCUUCCUCCGGAAGCACGAGGGGCAGCUGAGCUCCGGAGAACUCAUGGGGUUGCUCCCGGGAGUGGCUUCGGGGAUGCAGUACCUGUCGGAGAUGGGCUACGUGCACCGCAGCCUGGCCGCCCGCUGCGUCCUCGUCAGCCACAGCCUCGUCUGCAAGAUCUCGGGCUUCCGGCGGAACGUGGACGACAAGGCAGAGACCGUCUUUAGCACCCUGAGUGGGCGGAGCCCAGCACUGUGGGCGGCCCCCGAGGCGGUCCAGCUUGGCCACUUCAGCUCGGCCAGUGACGUCUGGAGCUUUGGCGUCGUUAUGUGGGAAGUGAUGUCGUUUGGCGAGCGGCCAUACUGGGACAUGUCCAGCCAGGAUGUGGUCAAGGCCAUCGAAGACGGGUUCCGGCUCCCGGCCCCCAGGACCUGCCCCGGCCCCCUGCACCAGCUCAUGUUGGACUGUUGGCAACGGGAUCCCAACGAGCGGCCCAAGUUCUUGCAGAUCUACGCUCUCCUGAGCAAGAUGGCGAAGAUCCCGGAUCCCCCAACGAGCAACGCCGCCCCCUGUCCCAGGCCCCAUGCACCCGGCUCUCCUGCCCCGAGGGUGCCCGGCCCCUCUCUCUCUCUGGCCGACCACCCCUUCUCGGCCUUCCCCUGCUUCAGCUCUGUGGGCGAGUGGCUGGAGGCCAUCGAGCUUGAACGAUACAAGGACAACUUUGCAGCAGCUGGUUACCGCUCCUUGGAGUUUGUGGCCCGCCUCACCAUCCAGGACGUGGCCAACCUGGGCAUCACCACCAUGGAGCAUCAGCGACAACUGCUGGCGGGGAUCCAGGCUCUGCGGACCCAGAUGAUGCACCUGCAUGGUCGGGGGGUGCAGGUGUGAGUCUCCCCAGGAUAGACAGUCCUGCCAGACCCCCGCCCCCCUCGUCACCAGGAGCCCCGCGGCCGCACCUGACCCCAGACCGUGGCCUUCCCGACGGUGACGGAGAACUUGGAGCAGACCAGAUUCCUCUCUGCUCCUUUGCUUGGGCAGCCGGGUUUGACCGUCCCCUCCCCACCGCCGGUCAAGGUUGAUUAUGACCAAGGGCCCGACGUUACCGGCGGCCCGCUGGACCUCUUCUUCCCCUCUUCCCCUCACGUCCUUUGGUCACACAGGGUGGACUCUCUCUUUGGACUAACCUGGAGGUUGCUGAGGCCCAAGUGGCCUCAAUUCGUUACAGGGUGUAAAUCCGUCUCACUGCCUCCCACAGACCACUGUUCCUCCUUUACCCCGUGAGCCCCUCCUGAUGGCUUCUGCCCUUCCGGCUUCGGCCGCUGCUGCGGCCCUGCCCGUGGGCAGAUUUCCUCUCCCAAGGUCUGUCCUCUUCCCCUCUGUGGCCCGUGGGCUGACAUAGAUGGCUCAGGAGGGAGAGGAAAAAUGAGCCUGCCAGGGGAGGAGAUGCAGAGGACAAGACAGACGGGGAGAUUCUGAGCUAGAUUCCCUCCCUCUACCAAACUCUGAGCUCCCCUAAGGGGAUCUGGAAAGUCACAGGGCAGGGUGGGAGGGCAACCCCUUCCUUUUUGCCCCGUUUCCUGCCCUUCCUGUCUUCUCCCCGCUCUGUAGACCUUCCCUCACUAUUCCAUCCCCACCCCAAUUUUCCUGGUGCCUGGAGACCCCUGACCAUCCCCAGGACUCUCUGGGAGGUGCUUUCUCCCUUAUCCAUGGUCUUCCGAGGAAGGUGAGUGAAACAGGGAUGGGGGCCCGCAGACUCUAACUUACCCAUGCCCCACCCCCCACACCAUCCCCGGCUCCGGAGUUCCGGUCUCCGAGGAACCUGUGCUGAACCCUGGGGGGGUCAGAGGGGAAAGAGCCUCAGAGACUCUCCCUGGACCUAAGCACCUCUUGCUGCUCCAGGCUUGAGGUGGGUGGAAAGGAAUUGUCCAAAAAAGAUUAAUUUACAACCCAAAUGACUCUGAGGUCUUCUCAUCCAUCCUCCUGUGUCAUGCAUGCCCCUCUCCCAGGUUGGACAAAUCUGAAGGUCUCUCUAAGGACAGAAACCUCAGUCUGUCUAAACCCUUGUUUCCCAUCCUUCAAUGGCAGGAAGUUAUUUCUGGUGUCUAACUUCCCUCCUUCCUGUGUAGUCUCAAUCCCUUCUCCCUUGUUUGGUCCUCCCCCAUACCACCUGUUCCAGUGCUAGUUUCACCCCCCCCCCCCAUUCCAGCUAUUCCAGUGCUAGUUUCACCUCCAUUCCCAACUCUAAACCUAACCUUAGGAAUGAGGACCACUGUAACCUCGUCGCUCCUUCCCUAGGCACUUGAGGGCAUCAACAGGGUCUAUAUUUUUUAUUCCUUUUAUAAACUCGAUGUCUCGUCUAGCUUCCUCCUCAUCCCCUCACCUCUCCUGGCAUUAGAGAGUCCCUGGGGUGAACACGGAGAUGCCAGGAGGGAGAUCUGACGGGGGCUACCGGCCUCAAAAGGGAGACCGGUCAGUCCAUUGAGUUCGAGGGUCUGGCCCUUCCUGCCAUCACCCCACAGGUGAGGGGGAAAUCUAGAGGGUGUGGCUUUUGGGGGAGUCAUCCGAGACACCCCCCCAACACACACACUCACACACGCCCACACCCCACACAGGCCCGGCUGAGCUGGACAGCCAGGGUCCAUUCUAUGCACAGUACAAACUCAUGUGAAAAGCCAAGGACCUUACACCGAUGAGAAGGGAGAUUUUCACUAGGUGGGAAAAGAGAUGGGAGUGGGGAGAAGGGCAUCGUGUAGAGAGAGUAUCUAGGGCCGGAAAGUUCAUGGAGGACAGAAGAGGAGAGGGGAAAGGUGUUGCAGAAUCUCCACCCCCUUCACCUCUCCACCUCUGCCUCCCCAGUAAAGUUUUCCCCACCUUCCAUUUCCCCUCCUACUUGUCCUACUUGUGUCUUCUCUCUGGAGGGGAUCGGGGGGAGAUGGGACAUCUGGGAUGGGCAGGGCCGGGCCUUUUUGGAUGACCCCCCUCCCCCCGUAACCUCCCAGGUAAAAGAUUGAGCUCUGGCUCGGGAAGAGGCUUGGACUCUGACUCUCGGCCUUGUAGCAGAAUCCACUGGAAAGACGCAAGAGGGAGGGGGAAAUGGAAAGGGGUCAGGCAAAGAAGCAAGAGCCUGGGGGGUCGACUUUCCCUGAGGAUACAGCAGAAGGACUGAGGCUUGAGCUAUGUGGCUACAGGAACACUACUGGCAGUCAUUCGACUCUCUCGGCAGGGAAUUUAACCCUGCCUCCCCCAGCCCAACAGUCCAGAUGGGUCUAACAGAGCCUGGGGUGACCUCCGCUCUCCUCCAUCUUCCAGCUGUACAGACAGGAGGAUCCCGAGGAAGGCCUCCAGAAAUCCAGGAAGUGAGUUAUCUUUGUGACUGGCUGGGCCGAGUUUUUGCUGGAAUCGGGUUGGCUCGCUGACUUUUUAAUAAUCACCCCCUUCCAUCCCCGCUCCAUGUUCUAUACUGUAAAUACUCACUCGGGAACGGUUCUAUACAGAUUGUACAAAUCUAUUUUUAUAAGUUGUUUGCGAGAGUGUGGCACCGGAGGCCCGGAACCCCCCGGGGGUGCGCCUUCCUCUCCCUCCCACUUCUCCCAAAUUCACUGGUGGAAUCGAUCUCAUAAGAGCCAAAGGGGUUUGGGAAAAUAAUCUGGCAAUCAUUUUGGAGGGAUUUUUUUUUUUUUGUCUGUAUUUGUCAGAUCUCGUUUGCAGGUUGCGAUAAUAAAGAUGCGUUCGGGACAGUCGA